ACUUUACUUGGGUUGAUCAUUAUUAUUUAGGAUCCGAAGAUUAGGUUUUCAUAAAAAACCUCUAAACCUUGUAAGUGGUUUUUAGGAUGCCAAGAUUAAACAGAAAACAAAAAAGGAGAAGAGAAGAGCAAGAGGGGUUCAUGGCAUUACAUGCCAUUAUUAACGCUGUGAUUGGUGUUUUUCGUCUCUACUUGUUCAUCACGUCCACAUUUCGCCGUCCGGAGCCUCGUCCGGAAUUGUCACCGAAUCCGGACUUUUACCAGUCGCACAUAAACAAUAUCAAUAGGCUUGUACGGGGUAAUGACGUGGACUGCCACGAGCAAUUGAGGGUGAAUAGGCAUACUUUUUUAAGACUUUGUUGUUUAGUCCGAGGUGUUGGGUUACGGGACUCACGAAACGUAUGUCUUGAGGAGAGGGUAGCAAUAUUUUUGUUCAUCCUCUCUCACCAUACGAAGCAGAGGCGUACAAAAUUUGAUUUCUAUAGAUCUACUGAGACAAUAAGUAGGCAUUUCAAUGCUGUACUCCAAGCUGUCUUGCGCCUUCACCGAAUGCUCCUAGUGACGCCCGAGCCUGUACCUGCUAACUACCAUGACACUAGGUGGAAUUGGUUUCAGAAUUGUCUUGGGGCAUUGGAUGGGACGUACGUCCCAGUAAAUCCCCGGGCCAUUGACAGGGCACGAUAUAGGUCAAGGAAGGGUGAAAUUGCUAUAAAUGUCUUAGGUGUUUGUACUCGGGACUUAAAAUUUGUCUAUGUAUUGUCUGGUUGGGAAGGAUCGGCCACUGACUCUAGAAUCCUUGGGAACGCCAUGGAAAGACCCCACGGUCUCAGAGUCUCCCAUGGUAUGUUCCAUAUCCUAAAGUAA